AAGAAUCGUAAUCGAAGAUCGGAAGAAUUUAUUCUCCUUCUCUAGUGCACUAGCAAAAUGUCGUCUGUCGAGGCUGGUCCAAGACCUUUGCAAGUAUCUCCUGUAAUUAAAUUUGCACGAUGGAGUUUCCUGCUAACUGGCAUACUUUAUGGUGCUUACCAUCAAAGAAGAUUGAGUAAGAGAGAAAAUGCUCGCCGCGAACAAGAACUGAGAGAAAAACCAAUGAGGGAUGCGAAAUUAGCUGAAGAACGGAAACGGUUAUUAGAAGCUGAAACUAAGAUGCUGAAUGAAACUCUCCAAAUAAAGUAAACAUAUUGUCAUUUCAUUAGUGUAUGCAUCUUUAAGUUAAUAACAAAUUAUCGUUGAAAAGAUCCAUUAUGUGAGCUUCGUCACGUAUACUACAAGGCGAACACAAACUUCUUGUUGUAUGUAGAGAAAAUAAAUUGGUAUAUCCGUA